AUGGCCAGACGAACUACAUCUAGAAGCGCUGCGGAUUCGGAUGGCACCUCCGCAGCCAUCGCGGCACAGCAGCGCAUCUUCCAGGUAACUUGUCAGCCCGCCCCCGAUCCUGGCCCCUUUCACGCCGCUCACCCACCGCCCCAGCUUAAAAAGGAGCGAGACGAGAAGAUCCAGGACGUCGUCGACAAGGUCACGGCCGACCUGGACGGAAUCAAGCACCGAGCGGCGCGGGAACGGGAGGAGCACCAACGACGCAGGAGACAGGAAACGGCCCGGAUCCUGUCGGAGAUUGCCCGGUCGGUGCAGCGGCGCAGCGCGAUUGAGGAGGAGAUGACGGCGGUGGUGGCGGGCGUGGGCGCGGCGGCCGCGGCGGUGGAGGACCGCGUGAUGGAGGUCUACGAGGGCAAGGAGCGCGAGGUGCAGCAGUUGCUGCGGGACGGCCAAGAUUGA